AUGCACCGGACCCUACCAACCCCCUCUCAAUUUGAAUUGCAUAUUUGCAUCAAAAUUUAUUCAGUUAUCACAUUAAUUUGAUUUAAUUGGUAUCAAAAUGGAAGCUGAUCCCAUUCCUCUUCUUACACCUUACAAGAUGGGCAAUUUCAGUCUCUCUCAUAGAGUUGUUUUGGCACCACUCACUAGAAUAAGAUCAUAUGGCAACGUUCCUCAACCUCAUGCUGUCCUCUAUUACUCACAGAGAGCAUCCAAAGGUGGUCUUCUCAUAGCUGAAGCUACCGGUGUCUCUGACACUGCUCAAGGGUAUCCAGACACACCAGGUAUAUGGACUAAAGAGCAUGUCGAGGCGUGGAAACCUAUUGUGGAUGCUGUUCAUGCCAAAGGUGCUACAUUCUUCUGUCAGAUUUGGCAUGUUGGAAGAGUUUCUAAUUCUAGUUUUCAACCGAAUGGACAAGAACCGAUAUCUUCUACAGACAAGUCACUGACAAGCAAUGAUUUUGAAAAAUUCUCACCACCGAGAAGGCUAAGGACAGAUGAAAUUCCUAAUAUUGUAAAUGACUUCAGACUCGCUGCAAGAAAUGCUAUUGAAGCUGGUUUUGAUGGUGUUGAACUUCAUGGAGCUCAUGGCUACCUACUUGAACAAUUCAUGAAAGAUAAAGUGAAUGAUAGAACAGAUGAAUAUGGUGGAUCCCUUGAGAAUCGUUGUCGAUUUGCAUUGGAAGUUGUUGACGCUGUUGUGAAUGAGAUAGGAGCAGAAAGAGUUGGAAUUAGAUUAUCACCUUUUGCGGAACAUUCAGAAUCUAGAGACUCCAAUCCCACAGAAUUGGGACUUUAUAUGGUUAAUGCCCUCAAUAAGUACAAUAUUCUUUACUGUCACAUGGUGGAACCAAGAAUAAAAUCAAAUGAUGAAACGAUUGAAAGCCCUUACAGUCUGGUGCCCAUGAGAAAGGCUUUCAAUGGUACUUUCAUGGUUGCGGGAGGUUAUGACAGACAAGAUGGGAUCAAUGCUAUAGCAGAUAAUAGGGCAGAUCUUGUUGUUUAUGGUCGUUUGUUCUUAGCGAAUCCAGAUUUGCCGAAGAGAUUUGCACUAAACGCUCCUCUCAAUAAAUAUAACAGGGAGACAUUCUACACUUCUGAUCCGGUUGUAGGUUAUACGGACUAUCCCUUUCUUGAAUGAAGAAAACAAUGUUGUAUUGUAGCAUCCAAGGUUGGAAGUGGAACCUCCAUAUUUAAUAAGUUUUUUCUCCUUGCAAAUUUGUUCACUUAAUUAAGAAUUUUGUUGCUUAUAGUAGCAUUUUUUAUCCAUACUAGCUUCACUGCUACGACACACAGUGUGUAAACUAUUAUGUACCUGAUAUUUUAUACCAUAUGAGCUUUGUGUUUGAUAGGUUCCUGGAAUUAAAGAGAAGAAGUGUAUUAGAAAAUGGAGAAAAACUCAUAGUAGCCAUCAUUUAUUUUUCUA